AUGAGGGACAGCAUCUCCAAGGUCCUGGGCGACGCCGCAGAAGUGCGAGCCCUGACGGAGAAGUCGAAGGUCUGCGUCUUCGUGAUACGUAACCUCGACGCGAUCACGAAGGAGAGGGAGAUUCGUACCGCCCUCGCUGAGCAGUACCAGCUAAGCGACGGAGCAGUGAGGAUACGAAGCCUCCGCCCCGGGUACGGGGAAUCUAAAACGGUGGUCUUCAGCCUGCCUUGCUCGAUGGCAAAGGAAGUCAGACGGCGCGGCGAGGUCCGCAAAGGUUGGACCAGGUGCAGAGUGCGGGAGCGCGAAGGCCCUCCUCGCUGCUUCAGAUGCUUGGAACUUGGGCACAUCGCCAUCAGGUGCAAGAGCCCGGUGGACAGGCGCGGCUACUGCAUCAAGUGCGGCGAAGCAGGCCACAAGGCCGCUGCCUGCAAAAAGGAUCCAGUGAUCCUUCCAGCGAGCUCCGGAGAGGCCGACCUCAACCUGAAUCACUGUAGAGCGGCGCAGGACCUGCUUACGCAGACAGUGCGCGAGGUAGCGGCGGAUGUGGCCAUACUCAGCGAGCCAUACAGGGUGAGCGUGGGAGGAGAGUGGGCCAAGGACCGCUCUGGCAAGGCGGCUCUUUGGCUCUGCGGAGGCAGGCGACUACGGAUGUCCAAUAUCCUGGAUGCGGACGGAUUCGUGCGGGCGGAAGUUGGCGGCUACUGCGUCUAUAGCUGCUACUUGGCGCCUAGUCUCCCACUAGAGGGGUUCAGUAGGAUCCUGGAUGACCUAAGCUCUGACCUUCGUGGGAGGCACAAAGUUAUAGUCGGAGGAGACUUCAACGCCUGGGCCCAGGAAUGGGGAUCCGUCUCGACCAACGCCAGAGGACGCGCGUUUGCAUCGACAGACGUCGUCCUCCUUAACGUCGGUGAGCGGCAUACGUUCGUCAGAGCAGGAGCAGCCUCCAUCAUCGACCUUACGUAUGUGAGCGGAGCAAUUUCCCAAACCGCUAGAUGGGGAAUUUGCGACGCAUACACCGGGAGCGACCAUGAGGCUAUCAUAUGCUCAGUGGGAGGUCCCGCGGAAGAUACCCGUGCAGCACCGCGGCCCAGCAAAGCCUACCGGCCAGACACGCUGUGCACGCAGGCGUUCACAAACGCGCUGGACGGCAUGGCGGCCGAAGUGACGGGUGGAGCCAACGAAAUUGCGAACCGCAUCGCAGCAACCCUGGAGCACGCCUCCGACCAGAGUAUGCGCCAGAGAGGCUCGUUUCGAGGAAACCACAGACCAGUGUUCUGGUGGAGCGACGCGAUCGCCGACCUCAGGGCCACCUGCCUUCGAGCCCGUAGGCAGCUGACUCGUGCACGCGGAACCUCACGAGUCGCUGAGCGCAGCGAGGUCUACAGGACGGCGAGAAAGGCCCUCAAGACGGCCAUAAGGGACGCCAAGAGGAACCGUUUCCUGCAACUCUGCGACGAGGCGGAGGACGACCCCUGGGGCGGAGCGUACAGGAUGGUGGUCAAAGGGCUGAGAGCCGGCAGCUCUGCUCCAUCGGACCCCGUAGCCCUAGAAGGCAUAGUGCGAGCGCUUUUCCCGACAGGAUCUCCCGUGAUUGUCGAGCCCCAGUGCAGAGCACCACCCCAACGAUGCCUGCGAAGUGUCGGAAGAGGAGGUGAUCCGGAUGGGUAA